CCUUUGAUCUCUCUAUUUUUUAGAUUUUUUAGCCGUUUUUUGUUUUUCCUGUCCGUUUUAUUUGAAGAAUCGUUAACUGCAUUGAAAAGAGUUGGAAUUUAUCUUAGACUCGUUUAUUUAAAUAAAAAGUUACAUUGCUAUCGGGAAAUAAUUUCGCUUGUGAUCGCUGUCAAACAAAAACCAUGGAAGAAGACCUCAACAUACUAUCGGCAAACAUCAUGACGAAUUUAGACAAGAUUAAUGCAAUCCUCAGCAGCGGUCGGAUAGAAUCUAAAUUACUGACAAACUCCGAUUUACCAGAUCGAUUGCUAGCAUUGUCCCAACAGGAGUGGACUCCGACCUCUGAUGCCCGUUUGGUCGACUGCAAUGAUCGCCUCCAGGCGGAGGAUGUUGAUGCAAUUUUCAACAAAAUUAGACAGCGCUCUUCAGCUGUUGGGUCCUCCCGCCAGAAUCGCAGCAAGCCAUCAAAAGGGACGGUUCCUCUGCAACAGUCUCGUAUAUUGAACGAAACUAAUCUCGUUAAUAGUCAGUCCGGAUCACUGACCGAUCUGAGUGAUAAUGCCGGUAAACUGAAGAUUAUCGAUGUGGAAGCUCUCGUUCAAAGCCUGAAACAGUCCGCAGACGCACUGGGCUGCAUCGAAAACCGGUCACUGAAACGUAUCGAUUUCGAACGGGUUGAGCGUUUCAACAAAAGGGAAUGCGCAAAAAUUCGAGACACCGUGCAGCAGAUCGAUAUUAUGGUGCAAGAUUUUGAAAAGUUCGUGACCAGUGAACAAAAUUUCGACAACGAAAAGAAAGAAUUACUAUCCGAGCAAAUUGUUUGGCUGUUGAAGGAUCUGUCGGAGACGAUGACCCAGGUGAUAUUUAUCAAGAAUAACGAAUACAUUCCCGACAUAAGUAAGUCCUUUGUUAUGGAUUCUUUUCCAUUAGCCGAGUGUCUCGAUGAUGUAAACGAAAAUAUUCGGCAGAAAAAACUAUACCAAUAAUCAUAAAAUCUUCUAAUAA